CGGCGCGCCUAGGACUUUCCCUUGGAAUACGUCGCGACAUGGAUGUCUACCCGUCUUUUCGUUUAUUGUAUCGUCGUUUUUCCGCGAGCAAUCAUGCCCUCAAAACACACAUAUCUUGAAUUAGUUUCAAGGCACAAAUGGCAGGCUCAAGACAAUUUCACUCCAAGACACGAAAUGGCUGCGGUCAGUGUAAGAAGAGGCGGGUGAAGUGCAACCUUGAGCCACCCGUCUGCGCUAAUUGUCGGAGACGUGGCGAAGAGUGCGACUAUAGUCCAGGCAAUGUCACACUCUCGAAAGAGUCCCGAAGUCACGUGAAAUGCUUGUUGCUUGUAGGCUCCGUGUCAAUUGCGGCCGGUAAUCCUCGGAUGCAGAGAAGAAGGGCCAUGCGGGAUCGACUAUAUGGCUUGCCUCUAAGCCUCUCGGAGCCCGCAAACCCAGCUCGAUGCAUGUUAUCAUGGGUUUUGGAUGAGGUCUGGCUACUACCUUGUGCAACUGUUGGGGAAGAAGCCAUGUGGAGGACGACUCUCCAAACGCAGGCCGCUCGGUAUGCAUAUCUCGAGCGCGGUGCUUCGAGCCUCUGGACUCUCUACCAGUCACUUCAAGUUGGACCAUCCUCAUCAGCCUUACGAGCCGACGCAUGCCGUUAUAACCUGGAAGCGUCAGAAAUCUUCCGAAAAUCCUAUCACACAGUUACUGAGCAGAAUUGGUUGGCCUUUCUGUUGUUUGGUGUCCUCGUGGUCAUAUUUCAGCUUGCCAUAGCUCAGGCUGAUCCCGAUGUUGCACAGGGUCAUAUGGAGGUCUUCCAGGUCCUUCGCAGUACAUCUAAAAUAGCACAAACUGUGACGCCAUAUUUUAGACGUAGCCCCCUGAAGAAAUUUGUCGACGAUCGCCAUAUCUUGUACCAGCCUAUCAUGGACAAGGAGGUAUGGAGGAGAGUCAGUGGCCUCGAUGGAAUUGGACUUGCUGAAGAUACUUUGGAGGAUGCCGAAGCAUGUCGCCAAGCCAUUGCACAUCUUAAAGCCUGGGUACAGGAGACUGAUGGUCAUCCUCGCUCGUGGGCACAUUUCUUUAGAUGGCCUGGCGCAGUAUCCGACCAUUUCACUAACAUGCUUUUCGGGGGUCAUCAGCGAGCCCUGGUCAUUUUCGUUUACUGGUGCGCUAUCAUGCACCAGUCCCCGAAGCGUUGGUUUAUGGACGGUUGGGCAAGCCGCAGCGCGCAUCUGGCUAUUGAUUUGAUGAGCACUGCUGACGAUCAUCUCUUGGAGUGGCCUCGUAGCGUACUGUCGUCAGGUCCUUUCGGAUAUUUUGCUCUACUUGAACGGCUGAACACCACUACCUUGAAAGAGCCUGGGCUCGUCUCUGACAUUCUCGUCUCAAGAUGGGCAUUGCCUACUGAUGGGCCCAUGACACGUAUGGUGAUCAUUAGUAGGCCUAUUGAUGGUAACGGCCCGACCGGCGACCCAACAUGCUCUGUUCGAGGGGUGAAAUUGGUUGUUACCAGAGAUUGCUGGUAA